CGUGUCGGGGGCCGGGGAGCCGGGCUGCGGGUCCUUUACACUUCAGCACGAUGACGCUCUGCUGUCAUGAUCCAACUGAUCACAAGGUGUAGCGUUUGGUGUCUCGUCGAAAUGCCAGUUCGGUUUCGAUCUGUUGUUUCCUACACGAUGCCUGGAGUGCUUGUGCUUAUUGGCUGGUGGUGGUACACCUCGAGGAAGAAAGAGCGACCCGUCGGACAGAAAAGCCCCGAGGUCCCUUCGACCUCUGUGAGCUUUAAAGACUCUCAUCAAGAGUGCAACAACGGUUUGCUAUAUGAAGAGGAAAGCCCAGCCUUCACAAAUCACAGCAAUGAGAACACAGAGAAUGAAAUAAUUUCCCCGACGCCGCCCCAAGACCCUGAAGCAAUAUCCUUACUGGAGCAAACGUGCAAUGAUGUUCAGUUUUGCGGCAGAACGAUACAUGAGGAAGCUGACCGACCAUCAGAUAUAAUUGCACCAACAUUUAGAGACAGUGAUUUGGUAGAGGAAUCAAUGAAACCCCUCAAAGGCCCCGAAUGUGACUCGACCCCUGACUUUAUUGGCGAGUUGGAGAAAUGCCCAGCCACAGAGUUGGAUCUUCUUCCAGAAGACUCGGUAGAGGAAGUUGCUUUCUUGUCCAAUGGCUCCAAAGACACCAGAUUUUCCCCCAUGGCAAUAAAUCUUUCAGAUGCGGAGCGGCCAGAGCCAGAGGGUGAAGUUGCAACGCAUCACAGCGCUGUAACUGCACAAGAGGAGGCCGUCUGCUUAUUCACAUCGGCCGAAACACACAGGAUGGCGUCGUCAGACGGAGACUCUCUGGAAAAUGCCCUUUCAGUGCAAGAUUUACACAAAUGCAUCCUCACCAGCACACCUACCAACCUUUCCUCUGAUGUCCAGGGUACAUCCACCUCAUUAGAUACUUCAGUGGACGUGCAUUUUAAGGAAGACCCUCAAGAAAUGGCCGAUCUGGAGCUACUGGCAGCUGGACUCAUUACUGAGGUCCUCUCUGCAGCUACGCAAGAAGUUCUUGGGACCAACAGCUGUGAGCUUGCAGCAAACACUAAAACCUCCAACAUGAGUGUUACUCUGACCGGUGGCACUCGAUCUUCACAACUUGAUCCAAUAAUGGAAGACUUUCCUGCUGAUGUUCCCUCACAGGGAAACCAUGAGCGUUCAGAGGCUGCAGAGAAGGUAGUCCAAGCAGUGCCAAAAGGUUUCUCAGUGACUCCAGAGUGGGGAAAUGUCGAAACCAGGAUUCUGAAAACCAAGAGCGCACAGAAUGCAGCCUGGCCAACACUACCACACCAAAGGGAAACACUACUAAAUAGAUGUGACGAUGCUGCAGUGCUGACCGAAGACUCGGCCUGCAGCACAUACCACUCUGAGGAAGGGAACAGCAGCGAGGACCUGCUGGGGAAUCCAGCAGGUGAUUUAAAGAUUACAGACUCAUCAGCAAAUGAAACUGUACCGCCUCAGUCUGCAGCUGGGAGCACCACAAAGGAAGCGGUGUGUGGCAUAAAGAAAGUUAACGGAGACGACCUGAGGAACGGAGCUCACGGGACAUGCGAGUUGGACACAGAUCAGUCUGGAGGUUCUGAUGUGAACAGCAUGGAUUCUGUGGACAGCGGCUGCACUAUGAGUAUUUGUGAGAACCAGGGCAACAACUCUACACCAUCUACCUCAGAACUCGUCAUCUGGGAGAUUGAGGUCCCAAAGCAUCUUGUAGGACGAUUGAUUGGGAAACAAGGGAGAUAUGUCAGUUUCCUGAAGCAGAACUCUGGUGCAAAAAUCUACAUUUCCACUUUGCCUUACACACAGGAUUUCCAAAUCUGUCACAUUGAAGGUUUGCAGCAGCAGGUUGAUAAGGCACUGUCAUUUAUUGGCAAGAAAUUUAAAGAUCUGGACUUGACAAAUCUAUAUGCACCUCCACUCACGUUGCCAUCACUUCCCAUAACCUCUUGGCUCCUUCUGCCUAGUGGAGUGACGGUUGAAGUGAUUGUGGUCAACAUUGUGUCAGCUGGCCACAUCUUUGUCCAGCAGCACACCCAUCCCACCUACCAUGCUUUGCGGAGUCUCGACCAGCAGAUGUUCCUUUGCUAUUCCCAGCCGGGAACUCCAGCUCUGCCCUCACCCGCUGAAGUGGGUGUUAUUUGUGCAGCCCCAGCAGUGGACGGGGCCUGGUGGAGAGCUCAGGUCAUCAGCUUCUAUAAGGAAACUGAUGAGGUGGAGAUUAGAUAUGUCGACUACGGGGGUUAUGACAAAGUGAAGAUCGAUUCACUCCGACAAAUCAGAUCGGAUUUUGUGACACUACCCUUUCAAGGUGCAGAAGUACUGCUUGACAACGUUGCUCCACUUCCAGGGGAGGAUUGUUUCUCAACGGAUGCUACAACCACAUUGGAAGAAAUGACCCGAGGUGUCGCCUUGCUAGCACAGGUAUCGAACUACGACAACAACACAGGCCUCCCUCUUGUCCACCUGUGGAACCUUGUUGGAGAUGAGGUCAUUUCAGUGAACCGCACUCUGGCAGAGAGGGGCCUGACAGUUUGGGUGGAUGGAUUCUGAAUUCCCUGAUUACCAUAGAGGCUAACAAACUCAACCACAGAGAAACUGAAGGAAACUGAAGUUCCUUGUGGUCAGCAGUAGCUGACCCAACUCGUCCUAGGAAUCCCAACUGUACCAGGCACUUGACUGAAAAGAUUGGUAUUGGAUUAUUUUUUUGUGUGUGUGUGUGUGUUUUGUUCCCCCGUUCUCUUUUCUCAAAUCAGCUCUUCCACUCUUCAAUUCAACUGACAGCAGAGACUUUAUUCUCAGGCAUAGUCGACAGGGAAACAGCAGCUCUCUUAUGGACUUCUGUUUUUGUCCAGGAAAUACAUAGAGAACAAAUGUACAUGUGAUUUUUUUUAAAAAAAAGUGAAUGUAUUGUAACAAUAAAGGCUCAAAUUAUAUAUCAGCCCCCAUUCUACCCUAAACCCCCUGGGCUCCACAGACUGUGGCUCUUUAUGCCGCAGAUGAGGACAGGCGCAUGCAUGGAGUCCUGACUGUAUUUUUUAUUUUUAAAAUUUUUUGGUAGGUCUGUUUAUUCUCAGUUGGACUGUGUGGUGGGGAUGUUGGGUGACUGAGUCAGCUUUAGAUGGACCGUUCCUGUCUCAAAGUGAGACAGGAGGGUAACUUCCCUCUGCUCUUUCUAUUCCCACAUCUGGACUGCAUGUUCAUAGAGGAUCCCACAAUUCCUGACUUAAAAAAUAAAAAAGCACUCCAACUGUUUUUCUUUAAUGAAAGAUGGGUUGAUUUAAAAUCUCACUUAUUAUAGAAGAUGUAUUUUGCUGACCUCUUUUCAGAAGGUAUACCAUUGCCAUCAUGUGAACUACAGCAGGUUGUAUUUGUUUGACAAACAUCCACAUUGACUUUAUUUUAUACCCCUCCCCCACCCCAACAUCCUACAAGUACAGAUGUUUUAAAUGUGUUAACAGCAAGUCUUCUGUUUGCUUUCAUCUUAACCAUUGUGACAGUUGGAAAUUGUCUUGUGACUUCUGCUGCUGUUGCUGUCUCCCAGAAGUUGAAGUCAAAUUUAUGUCCCUUGGGUUAACGGUAAAUCUAAAGAAAUUACAAGUGUGAGGUGGAACAGAGAUCUUUUUUGAUUUUUUUUUUUUUCUUGAUGGGAGAUUUGUUGUGUUCCACAAAUCCCCGAGUUUUGUGGAGCAUUCUGGGAUUGAAUAACACAUGGUACAUAAGAGAAACACUACAUGGAAUCAUUGUUUUUUUUUUUUUUGUUUUUUUUUUUUUAAUGCUGCUGUCUAAUUUGGAGCUGCCAUCAUAUUUCACUAAAUUCAGUUUGUGGUAAUGAUGUCACUCCAUUCAAGAACUCCUGUACUCUGUGAGCAAUCCUUUCCAAAUUGAGUUCUCUCAUUUGAAUAUGAAUAUCAGACCAGGUAAGAUGCAAUUUUGCUGGGCAAAAGUUUCCAGGCACGUGGUCAGGUCAGAUACAGUCGGGUAUCAGACCUGGCAUUCAGGUCUGAUACCCAACUGUCUCCCAAAAUUAAUGUUGUACCAUAAAACUGUUUGUUGGGACAUUAGGUGAACUUAUACAAACGUUAGAUGUAUGUUGUGACGCCAGUUGAAACAUUAUUGUAACAAACACAACAAAGACAGGAAAGCGUAGUCAGUUACCACAUUUAUGUUUGAUAUUCUGAAGAUUUUUCACAAAGUUGUUCCCGUUGUAUCAUUCCAGCUGGUGAUGUCACAUUAAGUCUGUUACCGCAGAGUUAACCUGCUCUUGAUUGCUUUAAAAAUCAAAAAGGCAGUUUAGGCAGCUGAGUAGUAAUGCGAUAAAUGCAGCAUAAAGUUCCAAAGAGGAGGGUUUAUUAGGGCUUGCUGAAAUACUAUUUCAGUUUGCAGAGGAGCAAAACUCCCAAUUUGGAUCGUGGCACGAAUCCAGCUUCUGUGACAGACACUGAUGUGUAUGAACUUAUCUGACUGAAGAACAUCAAACUAAAAAGGAAAAUGUGAUUGCUGUAUUAUUUAAGCCAGUAAGAACCACUGCUCUGUCACAUUAACAAAGCAAUCAUCUACAUAUUCUUCCCAGUGAAAAGUAAUUCUUCUCAGAUAAGCACUUAAAGUAGUAAAUUAUUUAGUAUACAUGGUGUCAGUGUGCUUCAUUUUUAAUACAAUGACGUUAAAAGAAUUGAAACUGAUUUCCUGCCUGUAAGGAAGCUUUGUUUUUACCUAAGAGAGGCAGAAUGGGUUUCGUCAUAGACUUGUUUUUCCAAUUGACAUGUAAAAGCUAAUUGUUCUGAUACAGUUCUCAUACUUUAUUGUUUUUUGUUUGUUUUUUAUACCAAUGAAUAACCUUAAGCUUGUCCAAGUAAAAUUUAAGGAGAAAGAAAAUCCAGUCAUUGGAUCAGGUUAGACACACACACCCUGUUGAGAAACGUCUCCUCAGACUGGCCUCCAUUCAGUCAGAACGUUUCUCAGUUGCUUGUUCUUGUCCCACAAUGUCUGAAAUUACCACUUGAGUUAGUUAAUUCAAUAACUCUUAAGAGUUUAAUUUGAGUUUUGUCCAUUUCUCUGUAAAUAAGAUUUGUAAUUUUCUGCAACACUGGAAAUGUGUGUGUGUGUGUGUGUGGUGGGACGCAGGAGAGUUUGAGUCAUUCUGCCCUUCCUUCAUUCACCAUUUUCAAA